AUGUUGAAACUUGGCGUUGGCUUUCUGGUUCUUGUUGGACAUCUAAGCCAUCAUGCCGUAGCAUCCAACUGCACCUCAUCUUCCGCAACUGCUCACUGGCUUGGUGAAAAACCAACGUACCAUGCUGGUGUAACUUUUGGUCUGCCAUGGCCGCAAGGCAAAUAUCAGCCCCAAGAGACUAUCUUCAGUCUGACUGGCGAUACUGAAGACAAAUCAGAAUUGCAAUCUUGGGCAACUGGCUACUGGGCCGACGGUUCCCUCAAAUGGACAGCGCAUGCCAUUGCCGAAUCAAACCAAAUCUAUGACCAAUAUACCGUUACUGCAACUUCACUGGGCUGUGUCAACAACUCGUCUUCGCCGUCAGAAUCCAGUGCAUCACAGAGCCCUAUCGUUGUAACAGAUAGUUCCGACGCGCUUACCGUCAACACGGGCGAGAUCACCGUCUCAUUUCCUAAAGGAGGGAACACCAUUAUUAGCAAUAUCAAGACAAAGGGUGGCAAGAUUAUCGGUGCAAACGGAAGACUUGUGCUCCAAUCUCAGGACUCGGUGCCGGAUAAUUUUGACAACCGAACAAAUUCUCCCAUCCAAUAUUCCAAUUUUGAUGGCAAUAUCAACGAGGUCUUUGUAAAUCAUACAUCGGCUCGCACGCUUGUAACUGUUCGUGGAAAUCAUACAGUCACCGAUGGUCCCGAUCACGAUUCGUGGCUGCCAUUCGUUGUUAGAUUCUACCUUUACGCCAACUCUGCCACUAUCAAAGUACUGCAUAGCAUCGUUUUUGAUGGAGGCGAGAAGGAUUUCGUCACCGGCCUCGGUAUUCGAUUCGAUGUCCCAUUGAAAGGCCAGGAAUACUACGACCGGCACAUCAGGUUCGCCGGUGUGGAUGGCGGCAUCUUCAACGAGGCAGUUCAGGGAAUAACUGGACUGCGGAGAGACCCUGGCGAAGAAAUUAGGGCUGCGCAAUUUGCGGGCAAGAAACUGGCAGACACAGAGACUUGGGACACCAGGGUCACCACUCGGCUAAAGUGGAUUCCAACGUGGGCAGACUACAGUCUUUCUCAGCUCACGGCCGAUGGUUUUGGCCUUAAAAAGAGGACCAAGGCUGGCCAGUCAUGGGUCAAAAUUCCCAGCGGAACCCGUGCUGAAGGCCUGGCUUAUCUAGGAGGUGCUACACAAGGAGGUCUCGCCGUCGGUCUACGGGAUUUCUGGAAGCGGUACCCUGUUGGACUUGACAUUUCCAAUGCUGCCUCCGAUACAGGUGAACUCACUUUGUGGUUAUAUAGCCCCGCUGCUGACCCAUUGGAUAUGCGACCCUUCCACGAUGGCUUAGGCCAGGAUGGAUAUGAAGAUCAAUUGGACGCUCUCGAGAUUACCUACGAGGACUGGGAACCCGGCUUUGAUACGCCAUAUGGAAUUGCUCGAACUAGUGAAGUAUACUUGUUCGCGUUUGACCAAACGCCAACAAGUGAAAAGCUUGCAUCGCUCACUGCGUACAUGAAUGAUCCCCCGGUGUUGGUCGCAGAGCCGAAAUAUAUCUAUGAAACGCAAGCCCUCGGCGAGUACUGGGCGUUGCCAGGAGUCGCCAGUCCCGCUGCAGCUACUCUGGAAGAUCGGCUCCAUUUCAUUUUUGACUUCUACAAGGGCCAAAUUGAGCAGCGUCGCUGGUAUGGCUUCUUGGACUACGGUGAUUUCAUGCACACAUAUGACACCGACCGACACACCUGGCGAUACGACGUUGGUGGUUAUGCCUGGGACAAUUCAGAGCUGUCACCAGAUCUCUUCUUCUGGCUUUACUUCCUCCGCACUGGCAGCAAAGAUGCGUACCGAUUUGCCGAGGCCCUGACCAGGCACACAGGUGAAGUCGAUGUGUACCACAUUGGUGACUGGAAGGGUCUGGGCACACGGCACGGUGUGCAGCACUGGAGUGAUAGCGCGAAACAGGCUCGCAUCUCUCAGCCGCAAUACCGAAAAUACUUCUUCUACCUCUCGGGAGGAGACGAGCGCGUCGGGGAGUUACUGGAAGAAUUGCUUGACACCGAUAAGACCUACGGGAAGCUUGAUCCUCAGAGAAAAGUUCGCACAGAUGGCUGGGAACCCAGUCCAAAUUCGACGAUCUCCUUUGGUCUUGGAACCGAUUGGUCGAGUCUCGCUGCAGGGUGGCUAAUUGAAUGGGAACGUCGAGGUUCGAGAUGGGAAGAGGCUAGGACAAAGUUGAACAACACGAUCUCAGCAAUAGCAAAUCUGACCAACGGAUUUGUGACCGGCUCCGGGCUGUACGACCCUGUGACCUGGACAUUGGGCCCUCCCCUUCCGACCCGGGUUGUUUCCGAAGCCAUCGCAUAUUUGGCGGAUGAUAUACCCAAAGGAUUCAAGCAAGCGUGGUUGGACUACUGCUACUACUACCAUGCCUCAGCGUCGGAGCAGAAGGACCGAUAUGGAGUGAGCUUCAGCAAAAUAAGUCUUCUCCAGGCGCAUUCAAGGCUGGCAGCGUACGCGGCGUAUGAGACUAAGAACAAAACGCUUGCGCUGCGGGCCUGGAAGGACUUUUAUGCUAGCGAUGGGCUAUUGCCGGAUGCCCCCUGGAACAUCACGCAUGUGGACGGAGACGGUGUUUUAGUGCCCGUUGAUGAGGCUGCUUGGCUUGGGACUAACGAUAUCGCCCAGUACGGUCUGGCUGUUAUUCAGAAUUUGGCCUAUAUUUCGGAUUCGCUUGAUGACUAUCAAUCAUGA